AUGCCGCAGGGCGACGACCGCUUCCCACAACCCACCUUACAACUGCUUUCGCCCUCGCCCACCUCGCACCGCUCCUAUCGUGCCUCGGGAUACAUCGCAGCGCCCACCACCACGACCACCACCACGACGGCGACAAGAUCCACGACGGCGACCCCUUUUCCUGCCGCCGCCGCCGCCGCCGCCGCUGCCGCCGCGACACCCGUGGCCUCCUCCGCCUCUGUUUCUCCCACCGCCUCGACCCCGGGCUUUCAGUCGAGCGACCCUCGUUACCAUCCCGCCUCGCCAACCCCAACCAAUUUCAGUCCGGGAGGGCAAUGGGCAACGCCUGAAAUUGGUCGGUAUGGUUUGACGUACAGCGAUUCAACUUGCGAUCAUUCAUUCGACGCCCUCUCCACCUCCCUCUUGACGCCCACAUCGGACCCUACCUCCCCGACCGUGGCAUUGCAUACGGGCCCAUCCCACACCCCAAGGUAUACAACGUCGUCGCAAGGCAAGCGUCACCCGGACGAAGAACCGGGCGCUGCGCAGACCCAGCCCUCGCCUCUGAAGAAGCCGCGCACUCACCUGGAACCCCCUCGAUUCAUCUCUCUUCCAAAGGCGCCCCCUCCUUCGGCUAUAUUCGCGAGACGGAACCAAGGGCUCAUCUCCCCUCUCUUCUUCUCCUCCUCCAAGACCCGACGACAGAUGCCCCCUCGGCCGAACCCCCUCCCCCCCUCAGACGCCGCAGCUGUUCUGCUGGCCCGUUUGAGGGAGGACAACGAGGGAGUUCACACUGUUCGCCUACCCCGCGGCACCGUUCAUACGCAGGGCCCGGCCAGAUCCGGUAGCACUCCGGGGAGCAGUAGCUUGUCGUCGUCCGCGGAAGCCACACUCACGUCUUCGGCAAAAAGUCCAAAUAACCAAAAUCUCCCGCAAGGGCUGCAAAUAUUAAGGGGAGUCGGCGUAGUAGAGCUCCUGGAACAGGACGAGCGUCCGACCUUUAUCAUCGAUCUCGCGAAUCCAAUCAACACGCAAAGGACGGGACUGCACUUGCUGUACGCCAACGCGGCACUCCGCGCUUCGGCAGGAGUCCUGGAGCUGCUGUCUGUAGAGGGCGACGACGCCGCCAAAAAUUCCGACUAUAUCCUUUUCAAAACAUGGGCCACCAGUUUUGUGUUGAACCAUGAAUCGCUCGACGUAUGUCUUCCUUCUCACACUUACGGAGGCAUCACGUGGACUUGCUCAACCCUGCGCAAACGCUUUCGCUUCGUGAGCGGGAACACGAGUGCCGUAUCGACUGCUCCCGGUUCCCCCGCCCCUCUGGCUGAAGAGUCCGAUGUUCUCGAGCAGCGGAGCAGAGGCCCGACACCGAACCAACCAUCCACCGCUGUACCCAUGGACGACGAACCCGACUACUUUGGCGACAUUGAACCCGACCCUCAUGCCACCGAGGACGCUUCGCUCGUGACCGACUGUGUGAUGAGAGACAACGGUGAGAAGUAUCACUCGGACGAGUUCACUCAGCAGGUGUUCCAGGCGGCCAUGACGAAGCCGUCUUUCGACUGGACCCGCAUCCAAGCCACCCCAGAUCUGGACGACCACAUCCUCUUUUGUCGAAAUACCGACUGGGCGUCUACGUCCCUCGGCCCCAUAGAGCAAUGGAGCCCAGAACUGCGAGCCAUGGCCAACAUGGUCAUGGGUAGUCCUCACCCGGCCGCCAUGUACUGGGGAGUAGACAAUGUCACUCUGUACAACGAGGCUUAUAUCGAACUUGCUGGCCAGAAGCACCCGAAACUCAUGGGCAUGCGGUAUCAAGACGCUUGGCCAGAGAUAUGGCACGACCUCGAGCCUGUCAUUGCCAAUGCGUGGACAAAUGGCCAGUCAACUAUGAAGAACGAUAACCAGCUCUUUAUAAAGCGGCACGGGUUUGUGGAGGAGACCUUCUUUUCGUGGUCCAUCAUCCCGUUAUUGGGCAGUGAUGGUGAGGUUGUCGGACUUUACAAUCCGGCAUUUGAGAACACCCGUCGCAAGGUCAAUGAACGUCGCAUGCUCACGCUGCGCGAAGUUGGCGAGAAGACCGCUUCUGCCAAGGAUGUCAAGGGUUUCUGGUCACGGGUACAGGAGGGUCUGGAAUUCAACGACCUGGAUGUGCCGCUCGCCCUCAUAUAUUCUGUCAGGGACGACAACAGCGAAAGCGAAGUGUCUUCCAUGCACUCAGGGAGCAUAGCGCACCCCCCACUGUUGCAUCUCGAAGGCAGCCUGGGCGUUCCCGAGGGCCACCCAGCUGCCCUCAGCCUCCUCGAUCUCAAGUCCUCAGACGAAGGCUUCGCACCUUACAUGCGGCAGUCCAUGACGAUGCAAGGAGCGCCCAUCGUACUAUCGGUAGAUGCAGGCAACCUUCCGACCAAGUUGCUCGAAGGCCUGGAGUGGAGGGGUUUCGGCGACCCGUCGAGGACGAUCGUCAUCCUUCCCGUCCAUCCCACCACGGCCGGCGAGUCUGUUGUAGGUUUCAUCAUCUUGGGCACCAAUCCCCGUAGGCCGUACGACGAUGAAUACCAGCUCUUCAUCCAUCUCUUGUCUAGACAACUAGCGACGUCAAUGGCAUCGGUCGUGCUGUUCGAAGAAGAGAUAAAGAGGGGCCAGAGGGCCGCUCGUUUGGCCGCGUUGGAUCGCCAGGAGCUACAAAUGGAGUUGUACCAGAGGACGCAAGAAGCGGUCGAAAGUGAGUACAAGUUUACGCGCAUGGCGGAAUUCGCCCCGGUGGGCAUCUUUAUUGCCAACGACAAGGGUCUCAUCAACUUCGCCAACGACAUGUGGUGGCAGAUCUCUCGACACCCCAGGACAGAAGACAGCGCCAACACAUGGAUGCAAAGCGUGAUGGACGAGGACCGCCCGGGCGUCGAGCGCGCUUGGAGGAGACUCAUUGACGAAAAGGAGGCCAUGACGAUCGAGUUCCGCUUCAAAUACAGCCGCCAGAACGGCGUCAACACUAUCGAUACCUGGGUGUUGAUGAGCGCUUUCCCCGAGCAAACCGAGGAGGGCAAUCUGAAGAGCAUCUUUGCCUGCAUCACAGACAUCUCGCCUCAAAAAUGGGCCGAGGACUUCCAGAAGCAGCGUAGAGAAGAGGCGGUCGAGCUCAAGCGCCAGCAGGAGAACUUCAUCGACAUUACCAGUCACGAGAUGCGCAACCCGCUAAGCGCCGUUCUCCAGUGCGCCGACGAAAUUGUCAACAGCAUCGCCGAGUACCGCUCGCAGCCGCAGGACGACAAGCAGCUCGAAACUCUUCUCGAAGGCUGUACGGAAGCCGCUAGUACCAUCAAUCUCUGCGCCAGUCAUCAGAAGCGCAUCGUCGACGACGUGCUUACCCUGUCGAAGCUUGACUCACAACUCUUGCUAGUGACCCCGGUCGAUUCUCAUCCCGUUACGAUAGUGAGGCACGUCAUCAAGAUGUUCGAGUCGGAGCUGAACACUCACGAGAUCAAACUGGAGUUCUCAAUCGACCAAGCCUACAUUACUCAUGGUGUCGACUGGGUCAAGCUGGAUCCGUCAAGGCUGAGACAGGUCCUGAUCAAUCUCAUGACCAACGCCAUCAAGUUCACCCAAGGCCGCGAGAAACGCCUGAUCACGAUGAGGAUGAGCGCCUCUAAAAAUAUCACCGAGGUCACAGAGAAGGGCGUCUCAUUUUUCCCAACACGCAAGGAGGACGUUCAGGCCUUGAUUCAAGAGAAGGACUGGGGCACUGGAGAAGAGAUCAACCUUCACUUCUCGGUGCAAGAUACGGGGCCGGGCUUACGCGAGGACGAGAAGAAGCUCCUAUUCCAGCGCUUCUCCCAGGCUUCACCCCGCACCCACGUGCAAUACGGCGGAUCGGGUCUCGGCCUCUUCAUCUCGCGGAUGCUGGCCGAGUUGCAAGGCGGGCAGAUUGGCGUCGUCUCCGAAAAGGGCAUUGGCAGCACCUUUGCGUUUUACGUCAAAUGCCGCAAGACGCCAACGCCAAGCUCAGAGUCGGCGACCCUUUCAGCGCUCAACCUAGCCCAGCCCCAGAAGGGCGGAACCGCCGCCCCGAGCCCGCCGACUCUUCCGCCUACAACACUGCCCAGGCGAGCGUCUUACAAGAAGCCGGUCGUCGCAGCGCCGCCGCUUUAUGACGUGCUGAUUGUGGAAGACAACAUUGUGAACCAGAGAGUUCUGCGAAAACAACUCCAGAACUAUGGCAACAACACUCACGUUGCGAAUCAUGGGGGUGAGGCUCUCGACCAGCUCAAAAAGUCUCGAUUUUGGGCCGGGCAAGAGGCCGAAGGAUUCGAUCUCAGUGUUAUUCUCAUGGACCUGGAGAUGCCGGUUAUGGAUGGAAUGACGUGUGCCAAACGCAUUCGUGAACUAGAGCGGGCUGGAACUCUCAUAACGCAUAUACCCAUCAUUGCCGUCACGGCUUACGCGCGGCCAGAGCAGAUCGAGAGCGCGAAAGCCGCCGGUAUUGACGACGUGAUUUCCAAGCCCUUUAGAAUACCAGACUUGAUGCCCAAGAUUGAGGAGUUGGUUUCAAAAUACAGGGCUUCAACCGCUGUACCACCUGUGGCCUCGGCUUGA